UUUAUAAUUAACAGCUGUUUCUAUUAAAUAUAAAUUUAUUUAAGUAUUAAAACUCCGGACCAGAGUGAAUGCGGAUUUAAAUAAAAUUCGCAUCACUCCGAAAUUACUUCCCCAUGGAAAAAACCCUAUUCACUCCCCAUGCAGUGUUUUUAUUUAAAAGAAAAAUCUAGAGAAAAUCCACGACUUGUUACCAUCUAAAAAAAUCCAUAGAGAAUCUAUAGAAAGACCAGGACUUGUCACUGUCUAAAAAAAUCUAACUCCGGAACACGAAAUAACGGAAUAAAUUCGUAUUAAAAUGAAAUCCAUAUUCGUAUUCACUCCCGAUUUUUUACAGUGUAUAAAUUUUAAUAUUAUUUAAAAUAAACUCUACUUGAAAAAAAUAUUAAUUAUCUUCUAUAAUUCAUUAAAAAGUUUUAUUAUACCACAAACUUACUUGUAUUUCUGAAAAAUUAGCAAGCAUGUAUAUUACAAAGGAAUUAACUGUCGCGGUUGUAUCAUUACCACCAAACAUUAUGGUAUUAACUCCUUCGCGAAGUUCUUCAUUCGUUAAUUCACUUCCUUGGUUUGAUAAUUAAAUUAGUAAAUCAAGAAAAGCUUUUCUUUGUACUCGGGAAGUAUCUUCAGGGUUAUUUUCAUAAUUUAUUUCUUUUGAAUACUGCUGACGCUUUUGCUUUAUGACAUCAUUUGUCUGUUUAUGUAAAUACUUAAUAUACUUGUCUUAGUCUCGUGAAAAUUUUGUUAAAUUAAAAAUGAUGUCUGGGUACAGCCAUACUAUUUCCUUUUCUCUAGAUUUAAAUUACAGUCAUUUAAUUUACACAAAAUAAAUCUUAUUAUAAAUUUGUGUGUACGUACUUUUGCAAAGCUUCUAAGUAACUUGUAUCUUUUGUUGUUUGCGCGUUCGUAGUAGGUCCCAUGGCUGUUUCUAAAAAUAUUAAAGUACUUUUUAAUUAAUUAAUUGAAGCACAAAUUUAAUUUGUUUUUCUUUCUUUUAAAAAAAUAAUUACCACAAAUUAUAUUGAGAGUACAAAGAGAUAUAUAUAUCCAAUAAUAUCAAUAAUAUGCCACGGUGUUUAAUGAAAUCAAUAGUAAGAUAUCGUCAAGAAAAUAAUUAUGAAGAUAAAUUAUCAAGAGUAGCUCCAGCAGGAAUUCCAAAUAAAAAAAAGAAAGUUAAAGAAACCAAAAAAAAUAAUAUUAAUUACUCAUCCUUGCCUAUUAUGACGAGAUAUUUUUUUAAUAAAAAUAAUUCAUUAAGAGAUCAAGUACCUCUAGGAUUACGAUUGAAUUUUGUGGAUACUGAUAAUAAUACCUGUUGCUCAGCUGAUAAUAUUACGGAUUUAAAUAUUAAAAAUAAUAAUUAUUGUAGUUUGUACAACAAUAAUUACGGAGAAAUUAAAUUGGUGGAUAAUUACGUCAGAAAUAAUAUUGUUGAUAAUAUUUUCAAUGAUAGUAAUAAAUUAGAUGUUGCUGUGUCUAGCAAAGAGCUACAAAUUGACGAGAAUGAACAAAAUGGUAAAAAAAAUAAAACAUUGCAUUAUUGUCCUUAUUGUCACAAAAGUUUUGACCGUCCUUGGGUUUUGAAAGGACAUUUGAGACUUCAUACGGGAGAGAGACCUUUUGAGUGUCCGGUUUGUCAAAAAUCAUUUGCUGACAGAUCUAAUUUAAGAGCACAUCAAAGAACAAGAAAUCAUCACGAAUGGCAAUGGAAGUGUCAAAAUUGUUUCAAAGCAUUUUCACAACGUCGUUAUUUAGAUCGUCAUUGUCCCGAAGCCUGUCGUAAAUAUCGAUUAUCUCAAAAGCGCGGCGACUAAUAAAUCGAUAAAAUAAAUAAAAUCAUUGUUAAAAUAAAAUUUAAAAUUAUUUACAUUGUACUCAAAUUGUAAAUUACUAUUUGUCUCAAUGAAAUGUAUAAAUAUUUACUUAUUACAAAA